UCUCCCCGUGCCAUGUGACCGGCGGGAGCAGAAGCUGGCACCCCAGCCCGGGCCGUCCGGCGGCAUGGGGGAGAAGUCCGUCUACCAGCGGCUGGCUAGUGGCCAGGAGGACCAGCAGAGGCUGGAGAGCAGCAGCGGCGGCAACGGCGGAGGCAGUGGCGGUGGCAGCAUGCGAGCGGAGGAGGGCACGGGCUGGCUGCUGGAGUUGCUGGCUGAGGUGCAGCUGCAGCAGUACUUCCUGCGCUUGCGCGACGAGCUCAACAUCACCCGCCUCUCCCACUUUGAGUAUGUCAAGAAUGAGGACCUGGAGAAGAUCGGCAUGGGCCGGCCUGGCCAGCGGCGACUCUGGGAGGCUGUGAAGCGGAGGAAGGCCGUGUGCAAGCGCAAGUCCUGGAUGAGCAAGGUGUUCAGCGGGAAGAGACCGGAGGCAGAGUUGCCCCCUCUGCCAGCGCUGAGCACGUUCCACCAGGCUUCCCCACCCCCGGGGGGGUUCCCCGGGGCCUCCGAGAACCCGCUGCAGAGCCUCACCUGCCUCAUCGGGGAGAAGGACCUGAGGCUGCUGGAGAAGCUGGGGGACGGCUCCUUCGGGGUGGUGCGGCGAGGGGAGUGGGACGCCCCUUCCGGGAAGACGGUGAACGUGGCUGUCAAGUGCCUGAAGCCAGACGUGCUGAGCCAGCCCGAAGCCCUGGACGAUUUCAUCCGCGAGGUGAACGCCAUGCACUCCCUGGACCAUCGCAACCUCAUCCGUCUCUACGGGGUGGUGCUCACCCCUCCCAUGAAGAUGGUGACAGAGCUGGCCCCGCUGGGCUCGCUGCUGGACCGUCUGCGGAAGCACCAGGGCCACUUCCUGCUGGGCACGCUGAGCCGCUAUGCCGUGCAGGUGGCGGAAGGCAUGGGCUACCUGGAGGCCAAGCGCUUCAUCCACCGGGACCUGGCCGCCCGUAACCUGCUGCUCGCUUCCCGAGACCUGGUCAAGAUCGGCGACUUCGGCCUGAUGCGGGCCCUGCCGCAGAACGACGACCACUACGUCAUGCAGGAGCACCGCAAGGUGCCCUUUGCCUGGUGCGCCCCUGAGAGCCUGAAGACCCGCACUUUCUCCCAUGCCAGCGACACCUGGAUGUUUGGGGUGACCCUGUGGGAGAUGUUCACCUAUGGCCAGGAGCCCUGGAUCGGCCUUAAUGGUAGCCAGAUCCUGCACAAGAUUGACAAGGAGGGGGAGCGACUGGCACGGCCUGAAGACUGUCCCCAGGACAUCUACAACGUCAUGGUGCAGUGCUGGGCCCACAAGCCCGAAGACAGGCCCACCUUUGUGGCCCUGAGGGACUUCUUGCUGGAGGCGCAGCCCACAGACAUGCGGGCCUUGCAGGACUUUGAGGAGCCGGACAAGCUACACAUUCAGAUGAAUGACGUCAUCACUGUCAUCGAGGGCAGGGCCGAGAACUACUGGUGGCGCGGGCAGAACACGCGGACGCUGCGGGUGGGACCCUUCCCCCGCAACGCCGUGACCUCCGUGGCCGGGCUGUCGGCCCACGACAUCAGCCAGCCUCUGCAGAACAGCUUCAUCCACACCGGCCAUGGGGCCAGCGACCCCCGCCACUGCUGGGGCUUCCCGGACAAGAUCGAUGAGCUCUACCUGGGAAACCCCAUGGACCCUCCAGACCUGCUAGGUGUGGAGCUGAGCGCCGCCCGACCCACCCAGCUCCCGGGAAGGGCAAAAAGGGAGCCUCCGCCUCGCCCACCUCAGCCCGCCAUCUUCGCUCAGAAGCCGACCUACGACCCCGUGAGUGAGGAUCAGGACCCGCUGGGAGCGGGGCUCCGGCGGCUCUGCCUGCGGAAGCCCGCUCCGCCCCGGGGACUGUGGCUGGUGAAACCGGCGGCCCGAGGGCCUGGCUCCAGGGCGGGCAGGCCCGGGGGCGGUGAGGGCGAGGGAGGCGGCGGAGAGGUGACCCUCAUCGACUUCGGGGACGAACCGGCGGCCUCCCUGACUCCCUCUCCCCAACCCGGCGCCCUGUCCCUCGCCCGGCUGGCCAUGGACGCCUGCUCCCUGCUGGACAAGACGCCCCCCCAGAGCCCCACGCGGGCGCUGCCCCGGCCGCUGCACCCCACACCCGUGGUGGACUGGGACGCCCGUCCCCUGCCCCCUCCGCCCGCCUACGACGACGUGGCCCAAGACGAGGACGACUUCGAGGUCUGCUCCAUCAACUGUGCCCUGGUGGGGGCCCGGGGCCCGCCGCCCGCGCCCCAGGGCGAGACCAACUACGGCUUCGUGCCCGAGGCCGGCCGGCCGCCCCCGGCGGAGGACCCGCUCCCGCCGGGCCCAGGCUCCCUGCAAACGGCGCAGAUCUUCCAGGCCCUGCAGCAGGAGUGCCUGCGUCAGCUGCGGGCAGUCCCGGGCCCGCUGCCCUCUGCGCCCGUCCCCCGACCAGGCGAGGACAAGCCCCGGGUGCCCCCGCGGGUGCCCAUUCCUCCCCGGCCCCUCCGCCGUGGCGGCGAUUCGGGCAGCCGCUCAGGGGAGCCGUCCCCGGCCCCCAUGGGCGAGGAGGAGCCAGGGCACCGGCGAGGGGCGGCGGUGACCACCCCGCCCCUGGUGCCCCCCCGGGAGCCCCUGUCCCCGCAGGGCUCCCGCACCCCCAGCCCCAUGGUUGUCCUGGCCGGGUCACCAGGCAAGGGCAUGCCCACCACCCAGAGCUUUGCGUCGGACCCCAAGUACGCCGCGCCGCAGGUGAUCCAGGCGCCCGGCCCGCGGGCGGGGCCCUGCAUCCUGCCUAUCGUCCGCGACGGCAAGAAGGUCAGCAGCACCCACUACUACCUGCUGCCUGAGCGCCCGCCGUACCUUGAGCGCUAUCAGCGCUACCUGCGCGAGGGAGGCGACUCCGAGCCCGGCCCGCCGCCCCCCGUCGCCCCCACCGCCACCGUGCGCCCCAUGCCCCAGCUCGCCCCCGACCCCAAGGCCAACUUCUCCGCCAACAACAGCAACCCCGGGGCCUCGACUCCGGCUUCGCGGGCGACCGGAGGGUCACCCUGGGGCUGCCCCGGGGAGGGGCCCGAGGAAGCCGGGAGGCCCGCUGACAAGAUUCAGAUGGUGCAGGCCACGGUGCAUGGGGUGACCACAGAGGAGUGCCAGGCUGCCCUGCAGAGCCAUGGCUGGAACGUCCAGAGGGCUGUCCAGUAUCUGAAGGUGGAGCAGCUGUUCUGUCUGGGCCUGCGUCCCCGGCUCGAGUGCCACAAGGUGCUGGAGAUGUUCGACUGGAACCUGGAGCAGGCCGGCGGCCACCUGCUCGAUUCGUGUGGGCCCACCCGGCACAAGCGCUGAAGAGAGCAGCGCAAGCCCACCCUGAAGCCCCAGAGCCCCGGAGGCAGAGCCGAGAAGGAGGCCGUGGUGAGUGUCUGAAGGAGGAAGAGGAGGAGGCCCGGCCUCUCGGGGAGCUGGAGGAACCCUGCUGCUGUCCCAACCUCAGCCUCCCCACCUGAGGCCCUGUGGAGGAGCGGGGAGGCCCCAGGAGCUCCCGUCGCCCUCCACCCCGCCACGCCUUCAGCUGCUGUCCCGCACCCGCCUACUCACCCCACCCCGGCCCAGGAGGGUCUCGUGCGGCAAAACUGUCGAAGGAAAUGUCGGUGCGGUGCGUAGGAAUCCUUGGCCCCGGGCUGGACCGGGAGAGAAGACAGGUGGCGGCUCUCCAGACACCUCCUUGCCACCCUGCAACACACGCACAACAGACCUGCUGCUUCUCUUCCUUCUCUCCCUUUACCACCCUUGCCUGAUUCUCCCUGGCAGGGGCCAAGUGGGUAGAGUGGAGAGCCCUUUCCCUCUCCCCCUACCCCCCAAACAGAGAGGAUAGGGCAGGACCCAGACUGGCUAUCUGGAUGGGUGGCUGGAGCCCUGGCCAGGCCGAGGGGGCCUGAGCCUUUCAGGGGGAGAUGAGGAGGCAGCCCAAGGGAGAGGGGGACCCAGUGGUGACCCAUCCCCGGCAGCGGGACGGUGAAGCGGGGUCAGGGCAGCCGUGCGGCCCCAACCAAGGGUCUCUUAGGAAGCCAGAGGGCGAGUGCUUCAGUGAGGAGUGGCUAGAACCCAGAAGGGGUAGGGAAGGGGUAUGGGCCCCUGUUUCUUUCACAGCCACCCCUCCACAGCACCCCAGUAUCUUGUGUGUCCACAUGAUGUCAAAACUGCUACAUCUCUCCCUGCCCUCAGUAGCUGCUUCUCCCUGAGAAAUAAAGGUAGUUUCUAUUUUAUGUUA